AUGGAUCGAAAGAACUUCAAAGAAAUCGGGGAUGGUCCACGUAUCCGCGCUUUGACGCCACCCUAUCUCCUCCGGCGACACAUUGUCCUUGUCCCCGUCCUCACGCUCUUUCCCAGCCCCAUUCGCGUCCGUGUCCGCGUCCUCGUCCUCGUCCGUGUCCGCGUCCUCAUCCUCGAUGCCAUUUUCCUCACCGUCCUCGUCUUCAUCCUCACCCACAGGCCCAUCCCCAUAGUCGACACGUUCUCGAUGCUGUCCAGAGGCGAUGCUGUCGGGGCAGUCCUCCCAAUGGACAAUUCCGAGCUUCAGGUCGAGAACCAUUACGGGGUUUCGCGGGAGCCGCUCGUAAGUCCAAAGGCAUGUGGAACCCUGAACUUGGCGAAUUCAGGGCCCUCCGUCACCAUGCGCAAGGCUUCACUAUCCAGGGACGGUCCCCAAGGUAUGAGACGCUGUGCCCAGUUGACGAAAGGGGUGUAA